CGACCUACUGUGCACCCUUCGCUUGACAGGAAAUAUCGUCCAUGGAGGUCUCGCCUGAGCCCUUCAUCCAAAGGCAUUUCAUUACUGGGUAGGCAGAGGAGUUGGCACGCACGAAAUGAUCAACCCUGGAUCCCUGCCAUCUUCAAUUCCCUGCCACCCACUUUGCCCACCGCCUGCGCCUUGACUGCCAACUACAUCAUACGAGCCUGAGCCUGAGCCUGAGCCUCCGCAAUAAUUGCAAACGUGACACGACAACUUUUACUCCCAAUAAUCGUUGUCACUCUAUCUAUUCACCUCGUUGUCGUCUAGCUGUUCCCUGCGCCCUUCCGCCUUCAAACCCCUUGGGAAAGUCCAAGAUUGUGACAAAGUCAAAGAUCUACCGGCCUAAGCGCCGUAGGACAAUCGCAAUCUCUCCACAUCGAAUCCCCGGACGCAAAUGAUACCCGCGAUAUAAGCGCCUUGACCACUUCCACAGCAGGUCGCAUCAUGCAACCUACGGUCCAACAUGCCUUCCAAAGUGCGAGAUAACAGCGCCGAGAGGCGGCGAGAAAAGAAGGAGUCUACAAAAUCAGAAAAGGAAAGAGACAGGAAAGACAAAGACAGGGAUCGAGACAGAGACAAGGAAAGGCACCGAUCCCAUCGAAAAGUUGCAACAAAAGAAAAGACAUCGUCAAGAACAUCCCUUUCACCGGUCGACAACAAGAGACGAUCCUCAAUGCCUGGAAAAGUCGACGAUGUACCUUUCAAGUCGGAUUCAAAAUCUAGUCUACCAUAUCCAUCUUUUUCCAAAGAGCACAGUCGUGAGGCUGUCGGGACAGCUGCCCGGCCAGUGUUGAAUAUCUUCACACCUCCUGCAACAGACCUGAAUGCUUCCAAGGACAGACUAUCAGCAUCGAAACAUACUCCGACCGCACACAACGCACCUCCCAGUCCGCCUCUGACUGAUCAGAACGCAGGCUCGGGAAAGUGGAAGUCCAAUGCAGGGAAGCCAGUCUGUGUGCAAACGAUACCUGAAGAAGAGAGAUCCUCGAAUGGGGACAAAGAUGCAAGAGUCAAGAUUCGAUUACGGCCACAAUCAACCAGAUCGAAUGGUCAUCUGCGCAGUACAUCGGAACUGGGCACCGACAGUUCGCCGGUCAGGAAACCUCGAGAGGCAUCAGACAACCUUCCCAAAGCCUCUACACCGCUCCGCAACAAUAUUCCGCAGAGAUCUGUCAGUCAGCCGACCAGGACAGGGUCCCCUGCUACGCCAACAACUGCGACCGAAUCAGUCGCAAAUACCAGUUCAGAUGCCACCUCCAUAGCACCUGAACAGCCUAGUAUUCAACGGCCUGGGUCCAAAGUACCACAGGCUGCUGUAUUUCAAGAUGUCCAGACUCCCGGCACGAUCUAUCCUCAGUCAAGGGGGAUUAGUCCGCUGGAAGUCUUUGUGGAACAAGAGUCGUCGUUAUCAUCAGGGACACCUGGUGUUAAUUCUGCCACACCUGGCCCCCCGCCUCCGCCGCCUCCUCCAGCUCCCGUGGCCGUUCCCAGAGUGGACUACCUUCUUCAGUACGGUGGCUUACAUCACCCUGUACCCAAAAAUCUUCUGCUGGCAGGCAAGCCUAUGGCGAUCCAGCAAGCACAGUCGCCGACACAGACUCCGAUCGUGGUUGCACACCUCUUCGAACCAUACAUAGCGCUUCUGGACGACUUUGAAAGAGUCAUGUUGAAGAAUGGGUCUCUGGCAGUUGCAACCGGCUACCGUUCAGUUGCACGGCGGCUCCUCGACAGGCUUGAAGCAGUUUUUGCACGUGACAUUUCUUCUGAAGCAUGCCGAUGCCCAAUGUGCGAGUACGACCUCUCAGAAGACGUUAGAUGCGUCAGCUGGGGAGAAGUUCUUGAACUGGUGUCAGGAAGGAAAGAUCUCCCUGCUUGGCCUCCCUUCGCCUUUACGCAGUCGCCUAUAGGUCUAGGUAUCUCACUCGAGUUCCACGUACCGAUGCAGAAGCUGGACAUGGAUGUUCCUGACGAGUACCGAGAGCAUUACAUUCGACAAUCGCGGAAGACCAAACAAAGUGUGGACAAAUGGCUCAAUCGGCAGAGUGACAAUCCGAGCUCCCCUCCUGAAGAAGUCGACGAAGAGACUCUCACGUUCGCCAUCCUGACACACCUCCCAGCCGACCAGCGACCGGUCUUCAAAGACUUGCUUGGCAUCGUAGAUCGACCUAUUGAACCUCCAAGGCGAAUACCGACGCCAGAACUCCAAUCGCAGAACGGUACAAUCCGCCCUCCGCAACCUACACCCACGCCGGCUCCAGCUGUUAAAGUCAGACCAACACAUAUCGCAAUCGCGUCACAGGCUAUCCAGCGACUCUACCGACUCCACACAGUGCCACGAGAUUCCGAAUCAGCGCUGUUCCUGCUCAACAACCCAACGUUGCACAACGCCCUGGCCACCCUCGCCGCCAUCUCAAACGAUGAGUGGGAAAUCUUGGUCUCAGGCCGCUUCGACGGGUUUCUGCGGAGUGGAGCCGAAGACGCUCCUCCCUCACUACACGAUCUGCCUUCUUCUCGUGGCCCAACCCCACAGAGGCCGUCGACUAGAGGCGUCACACCUGGCCAUGCCGGCGCACACGUCAACGGCAACACCUGCACCAGUGCAAACGGCUACCGCUCCCGGCAAGGAAGUUAUACACAGCCAUAUCCAACCGGUAAUGCGCAAUACGGCGCGCCCAUCGCAUUCGACGAAGAGACCGAGCUGGCAACACUCGCCGAGAUCGAGCGCGACAUCUAUGCGGGCAUGGAGGCGCUCGAAGACGCAUUCGAGGCGCUACACAAUAAAGCAGAGAUCGUGCGGCGGGCGCUGCGCGAACGAUCGGCCGGUCUCGCUGCGGCGCAGCAACGACGACGUGGUGGGACCGUCGGCGGAGGCAUCGAAGUCCGAAUGGACACGCCCGCAAGCGUUUACGACGGCGGCGGCGGCCCCGGUGGUCCAGCAGACAUGAUGAAUAAUGGCGGACGCUGGGAAGGCGAGACUGAUGAUGGACUCGGUGAAUGGGACGGCUUCAGCGAGAUCGCGCCAGACGAUUCGGCCAGUAAUAUCUCCAGCGCGCGCCGGCGGAGGCCGAAAAGACGGAAUGAGAGACGCACGCCCGCGCUGAUCGAGGAGGAAGAUGAGUUUGAUGAUGGGAGUGAAGGGACGGGGAGUCCGAGGAAGCGAUAGAUGAAAGCGAUGAGUACCAGUUAAGGGAUCCACCAUGAUGGAGGGACCGGAGUUGCAUAUCAUAGCGCAUACGGAGCUUGGAGUACGGCGUUUGCGCAGGAGUGAUGGAUUCCUGGGAUAACAGACCACAGACCAGAGUCCGCAGUCCGCCGAGCUCAGAUCUGGGCAAAGGUCAAAAUUGCCUGGGAUUUCAGCGAGAAGGACGGAGGCUAGGCACAUUGCACGAAACGUCCUAUACAGCAGGUCGAUCGGCAUGGAAAAUGUGAAAUGUUUGUGUUUGGUAUUCGAAUGCGGAUUGUCCUGUCAUUGUAAUUGUGCCAUGUGUUCACUAAUGAGGAAGAACGAUGAAGAUACGAGUACGCCAGCUGCGUUUGGUGAUCCAUAUCAUUUGACCAUCC